GGGCGUGGAGCCGGACCGCGGGCCGCUGCUCCGGGACAGAGACCAGCUCACCGCGCUCUCCCAGAAGAAGAAGGAGCAGCGCAUCGCGCUCUUCCUCAGCGACUUCGACCAGCAGGCCAAGGAGCACAUCCAGGAGAUGAAGAAGGAGCUGGAUUCGCUCUUGCAGACAGCGGAGAAGGCGUUUGCGGUGGAGCUGCUGACGAUGCCGGCUGCCGUCAGGAAGAUGAAGAGGAAAGAGGUGCUCGAUUUGCAAGGACAGGAGGAAGUGGCUCUUGCUGCUGCAGUGAAUGACUGCUCUCUAGAAGACAUGCCAAAUCCCAAACUGGUGAGGACCAACAGCAAAAAAGUUAAGGUAACUACAAUUGUUGAAUAUGAAGAUUCCAAGCACAGUUCCGCAAAGAAAGUAACUAAAAAAAUUUCCAAAACCAGGUCACUGGUUUCAUUGGCCUCUGGUUUAACUGGCAAACUGAACUCUCUUUCUAGUGUCACAAAUCUCAAAGCCACUCCCAAGGGAGCUAAAAGUGCUGGAUUACAACAGACUGUCUCAAGAACUUUACCUGCCAGUGGAAGAGUUCAAAGCAUGUUAAAAAGAAGUAAAUCAGUACCCCAACAUAAAAGUGUUCCAUUUGUCAACAUUCCCCUGGCUGAUGGACAGACACUCUGUACAGCUGGUGGAGACCUCCGUAAUAUUGAUGUGCAGCUCUUAAAUCAGGACACAGUACAGCACAUUCAUAACCUGGUGAGUGAGCUGACUGUACUGUGUGGAAAGGUAACACCUAAACCAAGUUAAUGGAACUGUCCUGUGACUACAGAACAUUUGUGACUGCUCCUGCCUGCUGCCUCCAAAGUGUUGAAAUUAUGUCUAUUAUGUCUUAAUAAAGCUGCAUACUGCCC